CAACAAGACGCCAUUGCUUGCUUUGUUUGCUUGCGUGGGACACGGCAGACCCCUCGGAUAAAGUACCGAGCCAGUCUUGUGUAAGUGUAUCACAAUGGCCGCUACAAGUCAUACAGAAAAGCGCGAUGCCAUUGCCGCCACAGAAAACGUCACAAUGGAGAAGCUGGACUGCGUCGUUGUGGGUGCUGGUUGGUAUGGAUUGGCUGCUGCGAAGCAGUUUCACGUCACUCAACCAGAAUGUUCGCUCGCGGUGUUCGACUCCCAGUCCAGCCUGGGUGGCACGUGGGCCGACGACCGUCUAUACCCAGGCUUGAAGAGCAACAAUCUACUGGGAACUUUCGAGUAUCCCGACUUCCCCAUGGACACGCCGACCUUCGGCGUCAAGCCCGGUGAACACAUGCCGGGAGGAGUUAUCAAUAGUUACCUUAAAGCGUACGCGGCCAGGUUUGGAAUCGCCAACUUGGUCCGUCUAAAUACCAAAGUCCUCGUUGCUGAGCAUCAGGAUACCGUCGAGGGUGGCUGGGUCUUGACGGUUCGGCAGCCGGACCAAAGCGAAACCAAGGUCUUCGCGCGCCGAGUCGUCUUUGCUACCGGUCUAACUUCAGAGCCAUUCUUACCACACUUCGAAGGUGAAGAAACGUUUGGCGGCAGAAUAUUCCAUGGCAAGCAAUUUAAACAAAAUGCCGACACGCUGCAGACCGCCAAGAGGGUGACGAUCUUCGGCGCCACCAAAUUCGCAUGGGACGCCGUUUACGCGUACGCCACCGCCGGCGUGAAAGUAGAUUGGGUAAUUCGGUCUUCUGGCCACGGGCCAUGUUGGAUCGCGCCAUCAUAUGUAACUCCACUUAAGAAGUGGAUCGAGAAGCUUGCCAACAUGCGUUUCCUGACCUGGUUCAGCCCCUGCGCAUGGGGUGAUGUUGAUGGCUACGGCGGAAUUCGUGGCUUUUACCAUGGCACUCCCGUUGGGCGCGCCAUCGUUAAUUCAUUUUGGAAGGUUUUAGGUGGAGAUGUUAUCAGUCUGAACGGAUACGAUUCUCAUCCGAAGACGGCUAAGCUGAAGCCCUGGACUAGCGCCAUGUUUACGGGUGCCAGCUUCAGUAUCAUGAAUUACGAUACCAACUUCAUGGAUCUCGUUAAGAGCGACCUCGUCGACGUAUACGUUAGCGAAAUCGACCAUCUCAGCCCGGGAAAGGUCCAUCUAUCUGACGGCACCGAGUUCGAGUCGGACGCUCUACUUGCCCACACAGGUUGGAAACACGUACCGCCCAUCAAGCUGCUACCGGAAGGCAUCGAAGCCGAACUUGGUGUUCCUCAUGCGCCAAACCCUGAUGCACCGGCGAACGACCUCGCCAACAAUGCGAAGCUCAUGGAGCGUGUCGACAAGGAUAUUCUGGACCGUUUCCCCCGGCUGAGGGACCCACCGGUAUGGAACAAGGAUUAUGUUCCCAUGACAGAACAGAAGGGCAUCAAGAGCGACGACGAUGUAACGCCGUACAAGCCGCUCACACCGUAUAUGCUGCACCAUUUCCUCGUGCCCCCAUCUGAAAGGUUCCUGCGCACCCGCGACACAGCGUUUAUUGGUAUCGUGUCCAACUUCAGCAACAUGAUCACGGCACACCUUCAAGGUCUCUGGAUCAGUGCGUAUUUCGCCGGUAAGCUGGAACGAGAUCCGUCGGCGGCAGUUGGCGACGCGAAGGCGAUGGAGCAGCUUCAGUACGAGACCAUGCUACACAACCGCUUUGGCAAGUGGCGGUAUCCGACCGACGGCACGAAGAAUCCCAACUUCAUCUUCGACGCCGUCCCGUAUCUCGAUCUCCUACAGAGCGAUCUGGGUCUCAACAUCUACCGCAAGAAGGGCUUCCUGGCGGAGCUCUACGAUCCGUAUGGUCCCGAAGACUACCGCGACGUAAACAGCGAGUGGAUGAACAAGUACGGCAACAUGAAGAAAUUAGCAUCUCUAGACGACAGCUUAAAACCUCUAGACUCGCAGGAAGCCGAAUCUGGGUCGGAAUAAAAAUCUAACUGGAGCUUUUUUCUAUGCGCUCUGUGAGCAAAGCACGGGCGUGUGCUAAUGAGGGCUGUACUUUAUCUGGAUUACGGGCACUAACGGGCAGGGAUGGAGUUGUCUUCUUGAUGAUAUAAAAAAGCACUUCUUCAUUUUUUCUAUAUGUAUUCUUUUUUUUUUU